AUGGCUGCAGCCACGGUGAGCGGACUCUUUUCAGCAUCUGAAAUUGGCAGUCAGUUUUCCUCCGUCCACCCUUUUAUGGACCAGCAUAAGUUGAAGACAUCGGACAGCUUCCUGGCCUUCGCCAAAGACAUUCAUCGUCAUCCACUCUUACCUCCGACCGAUUACGGCUUUCAACGUCCCUUUACCUCAGCACCAGGUUCAACCUACCUGUAUGGUCUCAGUAUGGCUAAUCAGAAUAACUUGACGCCCGGUUCCUCCACGCCCACUGGGUUUGGAUCCAUGUUCCAAGGUCCCUAUCUCGACGGGCACGUUGGCAGCGGCAACGGAUACGGAGCAGAAAAUAAUUUUCCAUUCUAUCACCCGUCGGAGCGAAACCGCCAUAGGAAUUCGGUCACGGGGAUCUAUGGAUUUGCAGGAGACUCGCCUCUAAACGAAGGGCAGACACUCGAUCUUCCUUCUUCCUGUCGUUCAACAGGGAAUGCUUCCGAGUCAGCUUUGAAUUUCAUUCAUCCACCGAUCAACAUUCCGACAGCCACCUGUGGUCUCGAUUCUUGCACACUAACCGGGAAAUCCUCAGGUUGCAAUCCAACACACUUACUACCAACUGGCUUUACAGCAAAUCAGAUGACAAUAAACACCGAGAAAAUAUCCUCCUUCAGCGGCACCUGGAUCGAUGGUUGCCCAUAUCAGUAUCCUCUAGCCCCAGACCUUUACGGUAAUGCGACAGACCAGCCAGAAUUUGAGACUAAACUAACCAGCAAGACUGGCAUAUCCAAUUCAGCCGGUCAUGAUGAGGGCACUCCUGCUAGCUCUCGACUGCGCGUGCCUGAGUCUAAUCAUGAGCAGCCGCAGUCACAGUCACAGACGUUCUUUGAUUCCCGAUCCUCCUGGGGCAGUGAUCUCAGUCUCUCCAGACUGCCACCGAGCGAGUCCGCAAGCAGCAGGGAGGCUUCUUCCAGCCUGGCGACCGUUGAUUCGAAAACAGCCAUGAUGGCUGCUGUGGCAGCGGCGAACUAUGCUGCCUCUCGUCUAGCCUACUGCAGCAGGGACGAGCCCGCCCUGGAUAGCACGGGCUGCUGUGACGGUCGGUGGAUGACCAGAAGGGAAGGAGGCCUGGAGACACACAGGCCAUGGAAAAAUGCUCUUCAUGAGGCGGUACCUGCCAAUGAAGUCCGUCAGACUCCAGAACCAACCUGUUCCCUAAUGAACUCUGCUUUAGUUGAUGAGAGUACGAGAACUGCAACACGCGAUGGUGGUCGCAGCACUGGGUCUUACCAGAGCGGUUCGCCCCUGUCCACCUCAGCAGCCUACCUUUCGGCCUACUUCAGCGGAUUCACUAACAUGAUGGGUCUGCGAGCGACCGACUGCUCAACCACCUGUUGUCCUAAUCUACCCUCCAUAUCUGCCUGUCCGUACCCCUCGGGACAGGCUGAAAACCUGACCACGCUCCCUCGCAGUUGGAACAGUGAGCAUGCCUUGAGGGAUGCAGAAAGGCGCUCGGACUUUUCGAGCGCAUCUUCAGACUCCUCCGUGCAUGGUGGGGCCAGUGAGCCGAGUUUUUACGUCAACAGACACCUCGGCAACUGUUCCGAUGGGGAGGACGCAGAAGACCCGGAGGAGUCACUGGUUGACCAAACAGCGUCUCCGCGGAAACCAGUUUAUCCGGCCUUCUCAAAGACUCAUGGCCAGAUUUUGCUGUCGCCAACAGCGUAUCGAUCCUCCUCUCCACCAUCGACAGCUUCUCCACCUUCCUCAUCGAAAGCUGGAUGA